AUUACGCCAAGCAAACCUUAUCAUCUUCCCCCACCUGUCUCUCUCUCUCUCUCUCUACCUCUACCUCUUUCUGUCUCUUGCUCUACCUAGAGAGGGAGAGAGAAACACAUCAAUAGGGCCCCAGAAAAGAGCAACAAACAAAACAAUCAUGUGGUACAUAAUCUGGGUUUCUGUGUAAGUAAAUUUUCAUAUGUACUCAAUAGAGAAAGGGGUACGUCGGACGAACCAAAAUCAAGAUCAGACCCACCCUUUUUCUGUGAAAAGAAAGUAAUAACCAUGGUGGGUAUUUUCUCAAGGUUCUCUGUCAGCAGAGCCAGUCAUCGACGCACUCAAAGUGCCAUCGAUGAAAGGGAAGUUUUGCCCCCUAAUUCGGAGGUUACUGGUGCAGCAACUGCUACGGCAACUGCAUCUCAUGGGAUUGAAGUAGCAGUGGAGUUUAAGCCAGUUGAACAUCCAAUGGAGCCUCUUGACAAUGACAGACCAAUUCAGUGCCCGUUACCUGAGCCUUCUAUUCUCAAUGAUGGAAGAAUAUGGAAGGAGAGAGUAUCAGCAACUGUGCCAAGGAGAGGUGACUUGCCAGUGAUGAUGGAAGGUGGGUCUCUUGAACCUGAAGGUGCUGUGCCGAAACCAAGACGGCCAAAUCGCAUGAUUUUACCAUCUCUUAGUGCCCCUGAACAUAACAUUCUAAAUUUACUAGAAGAAUGUAAUGCCUCUGGGAUCUAAAACAUGGCACAUUGUUUCCUAUUUGGUAAUAAAUUUCUGUACAAUUUCAAUUGCUCAUACUCUCUCUGUUCACCCCUCUUUUUGUAUUGUAUAUUCUCUUUUUCAUAAAUGGUUAUAUUGAAUAUAUGUAUUUAUAGAUGUAUCAAUGUCACAGUUACACAUCUAGAAUGUAAUUUACCUAGUGAACAUUUUCUCAGAAUUCCAACUUUUAUUAUCAUCA